GUUACGAAGAGAUGGCACCAUUUGGCGCCUGUAUUUAUAUCUCGUUCGUCAUUCCUGAUUUUGCACUAUUCUCAUCACAAGUCGCAACGCUUCAUCGGAAAUGCCUAGAUAUUUCAUAAUUCCGACAGAAAUGGAGCCGACUCCUGAUGAAAUAGACGUUCAAAUGUCUCUAAGGCAUGGAGGGAAGACCACUAGUGAUGCUCUGGCAUACAUUUGGCAAGUGAAAGAUACGUUUCGUGAUCAAAGGGAAAAUUAUGAUAUGUUCCGUAUGCUUUUGUUUAAUUUUAAGGCACAAAGUAACUUUUUUCCCCAUAAUUCUUUAUCAGCAAUGAAGCGGAUUGGAGAUGACGGUUCUGGGUCACAAGAUAAACCUCCAUUGGGCUCCCCUUCAAACGAAUCGAUACGUUUCAAGAAUCAAAAGGACAAAUUUGAUAUGUUCUUUGAGGUUAUGAAAGACUUUAAGGCACAAAGACAAUCUCCAAUUGCUGGAAACGGUGACACCAGAGGAGGGAUAAUUGAGGUUAGGAGAAUUAUCACUCAGAGAUCUAGCACAGAUGAUGCUUUGACCUACUUAAUGGAAGUAAAGAGGACGUUUCAAGAUCAAAGGGGCAAAUACGUUAUGUUUCUUGGCAUUAUGAGAGACUUUAAAGCACAAAGGACUAAUACUUCUGGUGUGAUUUCACGAGUGAAGGAGCUGUUGAAGGGGCAUAACAAUUUGAUUCUCGGGUUUAACACCUUUUUGCCUAAGGGUCAUAUCUCUGGGAAAUCUGGACCGCGAGAAACAAUGAAGCGAAUUAGGGAUGAUAUUUACGCAACUGGGUCUCAAUUUAAACGUCCUUUGGGGUCUUCUCGUGGCGAAUCUUAUGGGCAAUCUCCAAUCCCUGGAAACGGUGGUACUGGAGGUGGGAGCAUUGGUGACGGGGGAAUUAACACUCAAAAAUUGACUACCGAUGAUGCUUUGACCUACUUAAAGGAAGUAAAGGAGAUGUUUCAAGAUCAAAGGGAUAAAUAUGAUAUGUUCCUUGAGGUUAUGAAAGACUUUAAGGCACAAAGGACCGAUACAACUGGUGUGAUUGCACGAGUGAAGCAGCUGUUUAAGGGGCAUAACAAUUUGAUUUUCGGGUUUAACACCUUUCUGCCUAAGGGGUUUGAAAUAACGCUUGAUGAAGAAGAAGCUCCACCAAAGAAAACUGUUGAAUUUGAAGAAGCCAUAAGCUUUGUUAAUAAAAUUAAGACACGGUUCCAGCACGAUGAACUUGUCUAUAAGUCUUUCCUGGAAAUCUUAAAUAUGUAUCGGAAGGAUAACAAGGACAUCACUGAGGUUUACAAUGAGGUAUCUACUCUUUUUGAGGACCACUCGGAUUUGCUUGAAGAGUUCACUAGGUUUUUACCUGACUCGUUGGCGCCUCAUACAGAAGCCCAGUUACUUCGGAGUCAAGCCCAACGGUAUGAUGACCGAGGAUCAGGCCCUCCUCUUGUGCGUCGAAUGUUUAUGGAGAAGGAUCACCGACGAGAAAGGACUGUUGCUUCUCGGGGUGACCGUGAUCAUAGUGUUGACCGUUCUGACCUUAAUGAUGAUAAAUCAAUGGUUAAGAUGCACAGAGAUCAGAGGAAACGUGUUGAUAAGGAUAAUAGAGAAAGGAGAAGCCGUGAUUUGGAAGAUGGAGAAGCAGAGCAAGAUAACUUGCAACAUUUUUCAGAGAAAAGGAAGUCAUCGAGAAGAAUGGAGGGGUUUGAAGCUUACUCUGGUCCUGCUUCACAUUCUGAGAAAAACAAUCUAAAAAGUAUGUACAACCAAGCAUUUAUGUUUUGUGAGAAAGUUAAGGAGAGAUUAUGCAGCCAAGAUGAUUAUCAAGCAUUCUUGAAGUGUCUCAAUAUGUUUAGCAAUGGAAUUAUCCAAAGGAAAGAUCUGCAGAAUUUGGUUUCCGAUGUGCUUGGAAAAUUCCCUGAUCUCAUGGAUGAGUUCAAUCAGUUCUUCGAACGUUGUGAGAGUAUUGAUGGUUUCCAGCACCUCGCUGGCGUUAUGAGCAAAAAAUCACUUAGUAGUGAAGAAAAUUUAUCUAGAUCAAUGAAGGGGGAGGAAAAAGAAAGAGAACACAAACGUGACCUUGAGGCUGCUAAGGAAAAAGAGCGAUCCAAGGACAAGUACAUGGGGAAAUCUAUUCAAGAGCUUGAUCUAUCUAAUUGCGAGAGUUGCACUCCUAGCUACCGGCUUCUCCCUCCAGAUUAUCCAAUCCCGUCUGUGCGCCACAGACAGAAAUCAGGAGCUGCUGUUUUAAAUGAUCACUGGGUUUCUGUCACUUCAGGAAGUGAAGACUACUCUUUUAAGCACAUGCGCAGAAACCAAUAUGAAGAAAGCUUGUUUAGAUGUGAAGAUGAUAGAUUUGAGUUGGACAUGCUGUUGGAAUCGGUGGGAUCUGCUGCCAAAAGUGCAGAAGAAUUGUUGAAUAUUAUCAUUGAGAAGAAAAUAAGUUUUGAGGGCUCCUUCCGGAUUGAAGACCAUUUCACAGCACUAAAUUUAAGGUGCAUAGAGAGACUUUAUGGAGACCAUGGUCUUGACGUGACAGACUUAAUACGUAAGAAUCCAGCUGCUGCACUUCCUGUAAUUCUAACUCGAUUGAAGCAGAAACAAGAUGAAUGGACAAAAUGUCGUGAAGGUUUUAAUGUGGUCUGGGCGGAUGUGUAUGCGAAAAACCAUUACAAAUCACUUGAUCACCGCAGCUUCUAUUUUAAGCAGCAAGAUUCUAAGAAUUUGAGUGCAAAAGCGCUGGUGUCUGAAAUCAAGGACUUAAAAGAGAAGUCUCAGAAAGAAGACGAUGUUGUUCUGUCUAUUUCUGCUGGUUACAGACAACCGAUAAUUCCUCACCUCGAGUAUGAAUAUCUCGACAGAACUAUUCAUGAAGACCUGUUCAAACUAGUCCAGUUUUCUUGUGAGGAGAUAUGUUCUACAAAAGAGCAGAUUGGUAAAGUUCUGAGGCUCUGGGCUAAUUUUUUGGAGCUGAUGCUUGGUGUUGCACCUAGGGCCAAGGGAUCAGAUUCUGUUGAAGAUGUUGUAGAAACCAAGCAUCACAGUGCAUUUACCAGCGGGGAGGCUAAUGUGAGUUCUGACGCGAUUAGUUUGGUUUCCAGGCAACCAAAAUUUGCUACCAAUGGAGAUGAGCAUGCUUCAUCUGGGGUCUCCAAACAUGGUGGGACUGGUAUUUUGAAUAGGGAUUCUUCAGGGAAAGAAAAUUGUAAGGAUGGUGAUUCGUCUAAUAAAGAUGUUGCCACCUGUGCUGAAAAACCCCAAAAAGAUCAAGAAAUUGGAAAUGGAGCCGAUAAAAGAUCCAGUGAUGUUGAUGAAAUAGUGGCCGCGUCAAGUGCAUCUUUCCCAAGUGGGGUCGAAAACAAUAAUGGUAAAGUAGGAAGCAGAGAUUCGUCAGGUUCACGGGGAAUUUUAUCCAAACCAAGUGAAGCUAUAGAUAAAGUUGAUAGCAUUCAACGUACGCAGGGAGUUGAUAUAGGCAGAACUAUAGUCUUAGCAAAUGGUGUGCACUCAGAUACUUCUAAAGCCAACAGUAAUUAUGAUGAAUCUGGUGGUCCAUCCAAAAUUGAGAAGGAGGAAGGUGAAUUAUCACCUGUUGGUGAUUCUGAAGACAACUUUGUUGUUUAUGACGAUCGUGGUUUGAAGGAUACUGCCAAACCAGAACAUUCAGUUGAAGCUGAAGGAGAAAAUGAUGAGGACGCUGACGAUGAGGAUGGUGAUGAUGCUUCAGAAGCUGGUGAGGAUGCUUCGGGAACUGAAUCUAUUGGUGACGAAUGUUCACAGGACGAUAAUGGCGUGGAGGAAGAGGGUGAGCAUGAUGAGAUUGAUGGUAAAGCUGAAAGUGAAGGAGAGGCAGAGGGAAUGGAGUCACAUCUUAUAGAAGACAAAGGGUUGUUUCCAUCAUCAGAACGUGUUCUAUUAUCAGUUAAGCCUCUUUCAAAGCAUGUAGCUGCAGCGGCUUUGCUUGAUGAGAACAAAAAAGAUUCCAGAGUUUUCUACGGGAAUGACGACUUUUAUGUUCUUUUCAGGCUUCAUCGAAUCCUGUACGAGAGAAUUCUGUCUGCAAAAACAUAUUGCUCCGGCGGUGAAAUGAAACGGAGAAACACAAAAGAUACUAGUUCACCAGAUCCUUAUGCAAGGUUUAUGAAUGCUCUGUUUAGUCUGCUUAAUGGCUCAGCUGAAAAUUCCAAGUUUGAGGAUGAAUGCCGAGCUAUUAUUGGAAACCAGUCAUAUGUUUUAUUCACCUUGGAAAAACUGAUAUACAAAUUGGUUAAACAGCUUCAAGCUGUCGUAGCUGACGAUAUGGACAAUAAGCUUCUUCAGUUGUAUGAGUAUGAGAAUUCCCGGAGACCUGGGAGGGUAGUUGAUUCGGUAUAUUAUGAUAACGCUAGGAUCCUCCUUCAUGAGGAAAAUAUUUAUCGGUUGGAAUGUUCUUCCUCUCCAUCUCGUUUGUCAAUCCAGCUUAUGGAUAACAUAAUUGAAAAGCCCGAGGCCUAUGCAGUUUCCAUGGAACCCACGUUUGCGAGUUAUUUGCAAAAUGAGUUCCUCUCCAACUCAUCAGGGAAAAAAGAGCUACAGGACAUUGUGUUACAAAGGAACAUGCGUGGAUACACUGGUCUGGAUGAUCUUGCAGUAGCUUGCAAGGCCAUGGAGGGCGUACAAGUAAUUAAUGGCCUUGAGUGCAAGAUGUCUUGCUCUUCCUACAAGAUUUCGUAUGUUUUGGACACAGAGGAUUUCUUCUACAGGAAGAAGAAACAAAAGAAGAGCAACAACUUGUCAGUGGAUAAAUUAUCACAGAAUAGAAUAGAAAGAUUCCACAAAUUUCUCUCAGCUUCAAGAUGACAGCAAACAAGAACACGCAAAACUUUCAUCUUCUCUUUACUUCAACACACUAAGGUCGGACCAAGUUCUCUCUGCAACCUUCCCUAUCCUUGCACAGUAGUGUGUAUUUUCUAAUUUUAGGCUUGAAAAAAAAUGUAUGUUUGUA